CAACAGCCGCGGUCCAAUUCGAAUCGCUUCAGCUUCCUCUCCGACAAAGGUCGCAAGAACAGCGUCACCAACAAGAUCGACCUGCACGAAACGCACGCUGAAAAGGAUUCUAGACGCCUCCACAGCAAGGCCGAUCCCACGUUGGCCAUGAACGAAGCGGAGCCAUCUGUCGAAGCCGUGAUGGCAGCCACAUCACUCUCUCCGCUGCGCGCCAUUCAACACAAAGACGCAUACGGCAACGUAAUUGGUACGUCCGAUCCUGAUUUGUCUAAUCCGACUCGCAACCGCUGGGAGCGUCCUCUCGAUACCAUCCGAAGCUUUGAAGCGGCGAUUGAAGGCGAUUAUGCGCGUAGGUCCAUGUAUCGCUCAGACACAGACCCUUCAGCAAACUUUAGCCGUCGGAACAGCUACUAUAGACCAAACCAACCACGAUUUCCCCAAGAUAACUACUAUAGCAGUCGUGCGGCUUCUUUCCACGGUAGCCAGUAUGAAGCACCCGGUCCAGCUUCAGGGAGGAACAGUUACAAUGACAUCCAAAACUAUAGCAACAACAAUGGAGGCUAUUACACCGCAAACGCAGGCCCCAGUGGCUACAACCGAAACCAGGUGGGCCAUGGACGACCAUCGCGUGAGCGCGCACCAAAGAUGCCCUCCGAUUCUCACCUUCGACCCUACGGUCGAGAGCAAAACGUCUAUCCUUUACCUCACAAAGACCGCUCAUAUGAGACCGUGACAUCUGCAGCUGCCAGCGGCAAUUCCGAUCCUGCGGGCUAUCAGACCGAUCCUACUAGCAGCGAUAACAGCUCCAUUCAUCGGGCCUCUCCCGCCAAGCACGCAGACGAGCGCGCGAACAAGUAUGAUAUCAAUUUCAGCCAGUCCGAGUCUUACAAGACUCCGGCCCUGACGGUGAACUUGUCGCCUCCUACAAAGGGCCACAGUCUACCCACACCUCCAAACGCGAGCUACCAAAAUCCUCUCCCGACCAUACCAAGAAAGCAGGUUUCAACGCUUAAGAGGCAGGUUUCCACGACACCGUCGGGAGGAGAAAAGCGAAAGAGCUGGUUUUCCCGCCGAUUCAGCAAAAAUUCCUAA